CGGGCAGGGCGCCGGUGAGGGCUGCGAGAGCCCGGCCUGAGGCGGCGGGUCGUCGGCUGGUCCCCUUCACGGAGCCACCGGGAGAGGGGGGCGGGGGCUCCCUCCCCCGCCUGCUCCCGGCCCUUUGUGCCAGCCUCCGGGAAGAGCAGCGUGAGAGGCGUCCCCGCUCCUCUUUGCGGAAAGUGACCGUAUUUCGUUGCAGUUUCACUGGCAGUGUAACCACGGAAGUAAACUCUUGACUGUAGUCUCUCUCCUGUUGACUUCCUCUGCCAUCUUGAGCAAGAUUAUGUGGAUUCAGCAAAAGACUUGAGCAUAUCUCUGAAUAUAGGCAUAUUUACCUGUUUGUGUUAGGCCCUUCCUCCUAGUCCUGGAGAAAGACAGCAUCAAUAGCUGUGAGCAUGAUUCGAAUCGCAGCACUGAAUGCCAGCUCCACGAUUGAGGAUGACUACGAAGGUACCUUCAAAAGUCAUAAGACACAGACAAAGGAAGCUCAAGAAGCAGAAGCUUUUGCUUUGUACCACAAAGCUUUAGACCUUCAGAAACAUGACCGAUUUGAAGAGUCUGCUAAAGCUUAUCAUGAGCUGCUUGAGAUUCGUCUUCUGCGAGAGGCAGUUCUUUCUGGUGAUGAGAAAGAAGGGCUGAAACAUCCAGGCUUGAUGUUAAAAUAUUCCACCUAUAAAAACUUAGCACAACUGGCAGCACAACGGGAUGACUUAGAGACAGCCAUGGAGUUUUACUUGGAGGCUGUAAUGCUAGACUCUACUGAUGUCAACCUAUGGUAUAAAAUUGGUUGUGUGGCGAUAAAACUAAUCCGCCUACCUUUGGCUCGUCAUGCUUUUGAAGAAGGUCUCAGGUGUAAUCCUGAUCACUGGCCUUGUUUAGAUAACCUUAUCACAAUCUUAUACACACUCAGUGACUACACAACAUGUUUGUACUUUAUCUGCAAAGCUCUGGAAAAAGACUGUCUAUAUAGCAAAGGAUUGGUUCUGAAGGAGAAGAUCUUUGAGGAGCAGCCUUGCCUCCGGAAAGAUUCCUUAAGGAUGUUUCUCAAAUGUGACAUGUCUGUCCAUAAUGUAAAUGUGAGUGCAGCUGAAACAGGAAGAAUCAUAGACGAAGCACUGGAGUUACGUAAGAAAAGACAAGCUUUGCUAGUGCGUGACAGAGAACCAGACCUCAGACUGGUCCAGCCAAUUCCCUUUUUCACGUGGAAGUGUUUAGGAGAAGCUUUACUUGCCAUGUAUCACCACCUCACCACAUGUGAUCCUCCUCGACCCAGUCUGGGAAAGAGAAUUGAUCUCUCGGAAUACCGAGACCCAGUUCAACAUUUGAUUCUUUCUCCUACUUCUACUCCUGUCAGUGUUAUUCAGCCAACUCCUGUCAGCACUAAUCCGGUGGUGACAAUGCCAGAUCCUGUAUUACCUUACACUCCAACAACACCCAACUUUCCAAGUCACAGUCAGAAUUCAUUGGAACCAGGAGCUACUGUAGGUGAGCAAGGUGACAUAUCUGCAGGUGAUAAAUCUAAGAAAGGUGUGAAGCGAAGGAGAAUUACAGAAGAUAGUGGUGAAACAGCAAAAAGGAGAUCUGCUAGAGUCCGGAACACCAAGUGUAAAAAAGAGGAGAAGGUUGACUUUCAAGAGCUGUUGGUGAAAUUCCUUCCUUCCAGAUUAAGGAAAUUAGAUCCAGAGGAGGAGGAGGAUCCUUUCAAUAACUAUGAGGUACAGUCAGAGAUCAAAGAGGAGAAUUUCCAGCAUGUUGGACCACAUAGAAUGUCAUUUGAUUCUACAACUUUUAUGGAAUCUGAAAAGCAGGACGUUCAUGAAUUCCUGCUGGAUAACCUGAACAAUGGUGGGAUCUUGGAGCUGAUGAUGAGAUAUCUAAAAGUCAUCAGCCAAAAGUUCCUAGUGAAGUGGCCUCCUGGCUUGUGUGAGGUGGUUCUUAGUAUCUAUAAUAGCUGGAGAAAGCAUAGUAGUAGUCUUCCCAAUCCGUUACUGAGGGACUCAAGUAAUCAGCAUAUCAAGGAUAUGAUGUUGAUGAGCCUUUCUUGCAUGGAACUGCAAUUGGAUCAGUGGCUACUGACAAAAGGGAAGAGUUCUACAGUUUCUCCACGAAAUUGCCCUGCUGCCUCUGUGAAUGGAAAGUUUGGUCCUGACUUCCCAGGAACUCAUUUCUUGGGAGACCUGUUGCAGCUGUCAUUUGCAUCCUCACAGCGAGAUUUAUUUGAUGAAGGCUGGAUGGAGUUUGUCACUCGGGUGUAUUGGCUGAAAGCUCGCUUUCUAGCACUGCAGGGAGACAUGGAACAGGCACUUGAAAACUAUGAUAUCUGCACUGAAAUGCUACAGAGCUCCACUACAAUGCAAGCUAAAGCUGGCAAUGAAUGCAGCAUUGUAAUACGGUUACCUAAUCUACAUGUUGAUUCUGUUGUUUCUUUAGAAGAGAUUGAAAAGAACCUAAAAUCUCUGGAGAGAUGUCAGUCUUUGGAAGAGAUUCAGCGACUGUAUGAGGCAGGGGAUUAUAAUGCAGUGGUGCAUCUGCUUCGUCCAACAUUAUGCUUUAAUGGUUAUGGCAGGGCAAAACAUCUGGAAUUUGUAACAUCCAUACCAGAGAGACCAGCACAGCUGCUUCUCCUACAGGACUCCCUGCUCAAACUGAAAGAUUACAAGCAAUGCUUUGAACGCUCAGAAGUUGCCUUGAAUGAAGCAAUUCAGCAGAUGAUUAAUAUGACAGCAGCCUCUGCUAAAGAAGAGUGGGUUGCUACAGUAACACAACUGCUCACAGGAAUAGAUACUUCAUUAUCAUCAGUCAACAGCAUCCUGAAAGACUCUUCUGUAACACCAAGCCUCAUUCGAUUAACAAACAACCUGAUUCAGAUCAUAGACUGCAGCAUGUCAGUCCAAGAAGAACCAAAAGAACCAUACGUCUCCUCAGUGCUUCCAUGGAUUAUCCUGCACAGGAUCAUCCAGCAUGAGGAAGAUGCUUUUCGAUCCCUUUGCUCCCAGCAGCAGCAGCAGAACCAGGGAGAAGAAGUGAGUCCAGAUACCCCUAUGUUGCCUUCUUCACUCAUGCUGCUGAACACUGCUCAUGAGUAUUUGGGAAGAAGAUCCUGGUGUUGCAAUUCAGAUGGUGCUCUUCUCAAGUUCUAUGUUCAGGUACUACAAAAAGAACUUGCAGCAUCCACUUCUGAAGAUACUCAUCCAUACAAAGAAGAGCUGGAAACAGCCUUGGAACAGUGUUUUUAUUGUUUAUAUGGCUUCCCUAGCAAAAAAAGCAAAGCAAGGUACCUAGAAGAGCAUUCAGUACAGCAGGUUGAUCUAACAUGGGAAGACGCUUUGUUCAUGUUUGAAUAUUUUAAGCCUAAAACUCUUCCAGAAUUUGAUAGUUACAAAACCAGCACUGUGUCUGCUGAUUUGGCCAACCUUUUGAAGAAGACUGCUACAAUUGUUCCUCGAACAGACAAGCCUAUGCUGAGCCUAGAUGCUGUAUCUGCCUACAUUGAAGGAACAUGCAGCAAGGCACCAUCUCUCCCAGAUGGUGCAGACUAUUCUCCACCAGUGGUGACUGAGUUGUACUAUCUUCUGGCAGACUAUCAUUUCAAGAAUAAAGAACAGUCUAAGGCCAUUAAAUUUUACAUGCACGACAUUUGUAUUUGUCCAAACAGGUUUGAUUCAUGGGCUGGGAUGGCCCUGGCUCGAGCAAGUCGUAUUCAGGACAAGUUGAACUCUAAUGAAUUGAAAAGUGAUGGCCCAAUCUGGAAGCACUCUACUCCUGUCUUGAAUUGCUUCAAGCGAGCCCUAGAGAUUGACAGCUCUAAUCUCUCCUUGUGGAUAGAAUACGGCACCAUUUCCUAUGCCCUACAUUCUUUUGCAUCUCGACAGCUUAAGCAGUGGAAAUCAGAACUCCCCCCUGAAGUUGUGCAGCAGAUGGAAGAGCGUCGAGACAGUAUGUUGGAGACAGCCAAAUUGUGUUUUACGUCAGCAUCUCGCUGUGAGGGAGAUGGCGAUGAAGAGGAGUGGCUUAUUCACUACAUGCUGGGAAAGAUUGCAGAGAAGCAGAAACAGCCUCCUGUUGUCUAUCUGCUUCAUUACAAACAGGCAGGUCAUUACUUGCAUGAGGAGGCUGCCCGAUACCCAAAGAAGAUUCACUACCAUAAUCCACCAGAACUUGCCAUGGAAGCGUUGGAGGUAUACUUUCGACUUCAUGCUUCUAUUUUGAAACUUGUGGGGAAACCAGACUCUGGAGUAGAUGCAGAGAUACUAGUUAGUUUCAUGAAAGAAGCUUCCGAGGGACCAUUUGCCAGGGGUGAGGAGAAGAACACCCCAAAAGUUGCAGAAAAGGAAAAAGCUUGCAUGAUUGAUGAAGACUCUCACUCUUCAGCUGGAACAGUGCCGGGUCCUGGGACUUCCCUCCCCUCAUCCUCUGGUCCAGGUCUGACAUCCCCACCUUACACAGCCACUCCAGUUGACCACGAUUACGUCAAAUGUAAAAAACCCCGUCAGCAGGCAACGCCGGACGAGAGGAGUCAGGAUAGCACUGCAGCUGUGCUGUCUGACUCCAGUUCCACGCAGGAUAUGUUUAAUGAGCCUGCCAGUUCUCAAGACAGCCUGAGGAAGACUUACACAGAGAAGAGGAUUUCUACUACCUGUGCUGAUACACUGAUGCCCAGCAAAGAGACCCUGGGAUCUACAGAGGAAAAGAUUGCAGGAAAGUCAGAAGAGCUGCUGGAGAGCUCAGAAUCUUACCAUCCUGCUGAACCUACUGGCCAAAAAAUUCUGGUGGAUCCUCAGUCUGCCUCUGGCAAUCCCAUCAAAGCUGCAAUCCCCCCACCCUCACAGUGGGACUGCAAAAAGAAAGCUGAACCUUGUGGAGAUGCAUCUGAAUUUCCUCAUGGUCUUCCAGCAGACCUUGAGGAACAGCGAAAGUUCCUGACAGAGCAGUGUAUUGCCUCCUUCUGUUUGUGUCUCAGCCGCUUUCCCCAGCACUACAAGAGCCUCUACAGAUUGGCAUACCUGUACACAUACAGCAAAACACACAAGAACCUGCAGUGGGCCCGCGACGUGCUGCUGGGCAGUGGGGUCCCCUGGCAGCAGCUGAAGCACAUGCCUGCACAGGGCCUAUUCUGCGAGAGGAACAAGACAAAUUUCUUCAACGGAAUCUGGCGCAUCCCCGUGGAUGAGAUCGACCGCCCCGGCAGUUUUGCAUCUCAUAUGAACCGCUCUAUUGUCUUACUGCUCAAUGUGCUGUCACAGCUAAAGGAUUACAACACCUUGCUGAAAGUCUCAUCUAUGCUACAGAGAACCCCUGAUCAGGGAAAGAAGUACUUGCGUGAUGCAGAUCGCCAAGUUCUGGCCCAACAAGCCUUUGUGCUUACAGUGAAAGUGUUGGAGGACACUCUCAACGAUCUGACGCAGGUUUCAGAAGAUCAGAAUUCCAAGUCUUCUAACCUUGCUUCUGGAAGGAUGACAACAGACGUCUCUAAUAAAGCUAGUGCUGAAGAGGGAAAAGAUGUCCUUCCCAAAAAACCAGUUUUAUCAGAUGGAGUAGUACAUAGUACUGAAAAUGGAGUAAAGGAAGUGACCCAGGGACAAAUUCCCAAUGCUAUGGACAUAUUGGAACAAGAUGACAAGAAUGACAAGGAAAUUAAAGAGCUCCCUGGGCCUGGUUCAAUUGAGCCUAUGGAUCUUGAUGGAUAUUCCAAUGACCCUGAAAAAAUUGAUUCUUCAUGUAAACGCAGUGAGCCAGACCGUCUUCAGUCUGGCAGGAACUCAAAGGAGAGAGCUCCAGAGAGCCGGACUCCAGAACUUUCUUUGGAAGAGCUAAGUAUCAGCUCAAAACAUCAGUAUCAGGCAGCUAAAGGAAUAGUUCAGGCAGUACCUACAGAAGAACCUGUCCAGAGAUCAAGCAGGAAGAGGAAAUUACUUGAGGAUGUGGAGUCUGGGAAAACACUUCUGCUUGAUGCUUAUCGAGUAUGGCAGCAAGGUCAGAAAGUUAUGGCCUAUGACCUGGGUAAAAUUGAGAAGAUCAUGUCUGAAACAUACAUGCUGAUUAAACAGGUGGAUGAAGAAGCAGCACUUGAACAGGCAGUCAAGUUUUGCCAGGUGCAUAUGGGGGCAUCAGCACAGAAACAGUCCACAGGAGAAACACCCACAACCCCAAAGCAUACAAAGGACAACAGAGAGAGCUUCUUCCCAGUAACGCCAGCCACACUGCAUCCUACCCCAGUGAAUCCAGACACUGUGACUCCUGAAAAUCUCCUGAGACUGAAUGAUUUGCAUUCCAAAUCCAAACCAGCCUCUUCCUCUUCAUCCUCCUCCUCCUCAGCAUCUUCAGUACCUCCAUCCCAGGAGUCACACAGGGACACUGAGCAUCUCCGGAGUCAAAAUGUAGAGACUGCUCCCAGCAUGAGUGAUCUCACACGUGAGGAAGAAGAGCUUGAAGUGCCUUUGGAGGGGCUUGGAUUUCAGCAACAGGAGUCACGGCUUUGUCAGCAGAUGAAAAUGGCUACUGUUGCACCAUCGCCAGAGCCUGUUUGCUGGCAAGUGGAAUCAGUGACCAGCACAAAUUCGGGACAUGUUUGUACCCAAGCCUCCAGUUCCAAGCCUGAACUCAGCUCCAGUUCACAGACUUUGGGAAGUCAGCAGAACAAGACAGAUGGCACCCGAGUAAAAACUCGCAUUCUGCCCAACAUGCCAAAGCUUUUCAUACCUUCAUCUGUCACCAAAUUUCCACCUGAGAUCACUGUCACUCCACCCACUCCCACCCUCCUUUCUCCAAAGGGCAGCAUUUCAGAAGAGACCAAGCAAAAAUUAAAGUCUGCUAUUUUGUCUGCUCAGUCUGCAGCGAAUGUAAAGAAGGAGAGCCUUUGUCAGCCAGCUUUGGAAAUCUUAGAGACCUCAAGCCAGGAGUCCUCACUGGAAAGUGAUACUGAUGAAGAUGAUGACUACAUGGACAUAUGAAUGAAUUCUGGUCAUCAUCAGCACCAACCAUAUAACCAUUCUUCUUAUCGCCAGCGUCUCUGGCAGUUGAAACAUCUUCGUUGGCAUUACUCUCCAUUUAAUUGGCAUCAUUGUGUUUUUCACUUUCAUUACCUUUGUUACCACUGCUACCGCUUGUAUUGCCUUCAAAAUCUUCGCCAUUCUCCCCAUCAUGGUGCUUGACAGAAAGAAUGAUUGUUUACCAGGCAGUUAAUUACUUUGGACCACACUGUCACCUUUAACUUCAGUAAAUACAAGGAUGUUUUGAGCUGCAAUUCAUAUCUGUCUACUGUUCCUGCUUCUUCAAACCAGAGCCUUGGAAGUCACUCCAGUAGCUCUUUUCUAUAGCAUUUUCUUCCUUUUAGUUGUAUUUUUGAAUUUUCCCCACUAGUUAAGUUUUUCUCCGAGUAAUUCAACAACCUAAUGUCUGUCUAGCCAUGCCACGAUUAGUGCAACAGGUCCUUUUAAGGUGAAUGGAGUAGGAAAAAUUUGCUGAGCUGGUAGAGGUUUUAAUUGCAUCAAGAAAGUCUAUGGCUUUGUUGUGGGGUGAGAAGGGUGAGCUGAGAGAGUCUGUCAGCUCCUUGGCACUGCUCGGUGCUUUGUUGGAAUUUGACUCAGUGACAAUAGGCAAAGAACCAGCUUUUCCAGGCAGAGAGCUUGGCCUCCUGUUUGUGCUCAUUUCACACCAAUGUAUGAGGUCCAGCAAAAAUUAUCUACCUGAAUGUUGGCUUAAAGAACUGAUCUUUCCAGAAUUGUCUUACAGUCCUUUCUCUUCUAAUGCCUUGGACAAGCAUUUUGAAUUGGGGGCUAGAUGAUAUUUUUAUGGUGGUAUUGAAAAAACGUGAAAGAUUUCAAUACCAUUUCAGUAAUGUCUGUUUUUUACAGAACGACACGAAAAGGUGUUUUUUAUCUAUCUGCAGAGGGACUGCUCACAGUUAUUUAUAUGAGAAAAUAAUGGUAACAAAGAUCCUUUUUUUUCUACUGAAUGUUAACUUUGUAAAAUAAUGAAUGCAAACCAUGCAAAAAAAAAUACGUCACACACUAUAUAUACACAUGCGUGCGCCCACACACAUAUAUAUAUGUGUAUGUACAUAUAUAUAUAUGUAUGUAUAUGAAAAUAGAAAAUGCAUACAGCUUGCGAUGUCAGAUUUCUUUGUGUUUGGGGGAGGUGGUUUUCUGUAAAAUGCAGAGCUUUGUAUAAACUUCUGGGUUUUUUCUAAUAAAGUUGAAAUG